AAAUUGAUUGACAAGCGAUGUCUAUUUGUAUAGUACUAGAGUUUCAAAUGAACUAGGGGCAGGGAAUCCCCAAGCGGCGCGUGUAGCUGUGUAUGCUGGGAUGGUUCUUGCAGUUUUAGAAGCCCUUGUAGUCAGUGGGACCCUGUUCGCCAGCCGACAUGUUUUCGGUUAUGUUUACAGCAAUGAGAAGGAAGUCGUGGAUUAUGUCACAACCAUGGCUCCUUUGGUUUGUGUGUCUGUUAUUCUUGACAGCUUACAAGGGGUCCUUUCAGGUGUUGCAAGGGGAUGUGGAUGGCAGCAUAUAGGAGCUUAUAUCAACCUGGGAGCAUUUUAUCUUUGUGGAAUUCCUGUAGCUGCGACCCUUGCUUUCUGGCUGAAGUUGAGAGGGCUGGGCCUGUGGAUUGGUAUUCAGUCCGGUGCUUUUACCCAAACAGUUUUGCUUGCAACUGUAACAAGUUGCAUAAAUUGGGAAAAACAGGCAAGUAAAGCAAGGGAAAGGCUAGUUCAAGGGAGCUCUUAAAUAGAGAAAGGAACUAUGUGAGAAAGGAGAAUUAAAUCCCGAGUUAAUGGGAUAGUUUUGUAGGGGUGUAUUCAAUGCAACCAAUUUGAAGAUGUCAACUCAUAGAACAUUACAGCCUCGACUAAUAAAUGUUCAAGGGUAAUAGUAGUUAAUUUGAGUUUUGUGACAACAUGUGUAGAAGUGAUCACCUAUAUUAAAAGAGGAGGAAAGGGGAAACACCCAUGUAACUCAGAGAAGAUUAGGAAGAAGGUUUCUUAAUUAUGUUCAUGUUUGAACCACCCCUAUCAAAACUCUCAAAAACAUCUUAAAAAUAAAAUUAACACAAGAACCUUGGCACUUGUUCCAAGGUCACCUUCAUUUUGCU